AUGCAGGACGCGUACGCAGACUCGUUCACGAGCGCGUUCAAGCCGCUUCCGAGGCGCGCGGAUAAAGGUCGGGACAGUCGCGACGCGGGCGACGGGGAUAACGAAGGACGAGUCGGAGUUCCCGGGUCCUACGACCACGUCUACAUAGACGUCAAUAACGUGCUGCACGUCGCCGCGCACCACACCAAGACCGAGAAAGCUUUCUUCAUGAAGCUCUUCGCGCUUCUUGAUCUCAACAUGCGUCGGACCAAGCCGCAGUACACGGUGACGCUGGCGCUUGACGGACCGGCGCCAAUCGCAAAAACCAUCACGCAGCGUCGCCGCCGCAUCAGGCUGAGCAGCGGGGAGAAGGUGCCGCUGUCCGAGGAUCCAGCUCGAUUGCUCAAGAUCGGCCUGACUCCGGGGUCAACAUUGUCGCUGAAGAUCGACCGCGCGCUCGAGUACUACGCGGCGACCCGGCUUCUGAGCCGCAACUCACUUCCGAGGGGAUUGCUUUUUGAGAUAUCCGGCACGAGGGUGCCUGGUGAGGGUGAAGUCAAGAUCCUUCGGAGCAUGAAGGCGAGGGUGUCAAACCCGAAAUUCGAUGGACACUCCCAUUUGAUCGUUUCGGAGGAUAGCGACGCGCUGCUGUUGGCGAUGACUGCUGCGCCUGCGGACACUUUUGUGCUUUCCUCCAAGCUUGUCUUUUCCGUGCGAUCGUUCAACUCGGCGCUGGCGAACCAGCUGCCGCCGGGCGUGGCGCUGGAUGGUGCAAGGAGAGACUUCGUGGCGCUCGCAGUGAUGAUGGGUAACGACUACCUCCCAGGUAGUAGGUUCGGGGUCAAGUACUCGUGGAGGGCUUACGUGCAGCUGCGCAGCGGCGAGAGGUCCAAUAAAUGGGCAGAUGACGGCGGUGAAGGCGGUGGGAACGUGCCGUCCCCGUCUUCGAAAGUCGCUUGGGGACGGUACCGCGAUUCACCUCUAUUCCCGGCGCCGGAUCCCCUUCUCGACGCGCCUUUGUUUCCGGGUGAGCGAAGGCCCGGUAAGAUGCGCCGCGGCGGUUUUGGUGAGAGCCGGGUAUAUGAGGAGGGCAAGCUCGCGUUCCGCCUGCCCCCUCCGGUAAACUGGGAGAUGCUGCGGGACUUUGCCAGGGUGCUCGCGGACCCUGAAUACGUAGAGUGGCAGGUGAACGAUGGUCUCAGACCCCGCGCCGACGUACAAAGGGCGAUCAACGCAGCGGCUGCCGCGGCAGCGACACUGAAUCAGACGAUUGACCUCGAGGAUGACGAGGACGGCCCGGACGAUCAGCUCAUCGAUGCGCUCAUCGACGAUGAAGAUGAAAGUGUUCAGAAGGAGCCCUCUUUUUCGCUCAUCCCCGGGGUAGCCGGGGUGGUGCGUGCUAAACUGGACCCAUUGCGCAGCGCUAGGCGUGCGUACGAGUAUAUCCACGGUGUUGGCUGGGUACUGGAGAUGUACUAUGGCGGCGCGUGCCUCGACUACGGGUACCAUUUUCAGUACUCACCAAGGGAGCAUAAUCAAGGGAUUGCCGCGGCAAUCGAUAAGAAGGCGCUAGAUGCGAACGCUUUCACAGCAGGUACGACAGCUUUCAAGGCGACUAAAGCGAAAAACACAACGGAUGUUGCUGCUGCUGCUGCGGCUGCUGCUGCCGCAAACGCAGCGGCUGCGCAAGGAUCCAGCGGAUCUGGGUCAGGUGGAGCCUCGCGCAUACCCCCGCCCGCGGUGGACAUUGCCGACUUCCUGACGCUUCCCUUAUCUUACGAUCCCACGCUGGACCCGUUGAGAGAUCGCGAACGCGCGGCCGUGGCAUACCUCAACAGGUACCCCAUCACACCUCUAGCCUAUUCGCUCGCGGUAAUCCCGAGGGGCGGUCGUGCCAUGCUGGCCAAGGGCGUGCGGCCGCUCGUGGACCAGGGUUCUCCCGUGCACCACCUUUUCAAGGACGACUACUGCGUGACGUGCAUUAAGCAUCGCAUCGCGGCGGGUCCUCUGGAACGCGUCAUUCAGCAGGAGUCUGGAAACGGAGCGGGAAGCGGAGGCUCCAUGGGGACAGCAAGCGCCAAGGGUAACGGUAUUGUCGGUGGGGCGAUGCUCGCGCAGGCGGCGACGUCGCGCGAGAGGCUCUCCGUAGGCUGA